AUGUCGAAUAUGACAUGUUAUAUACAUUUAAAAUGUAAUCGAGGAUCAACACAUACGUGUCUUGAUUGGCGUGAAAUUUGUGAUAGAAAAGUCGAUUGUAUAGGAAACGAUAUCGAUGAAAUGGGUUGUUUUGAACUUGAACUUAAUGAAUGCGAAGAAAACGAGUUUCGUUGUCAUAAUGGAAUAUGCAUACCAGAAGAAUUCAUGGAUGAAGGUCCAUACUAUCCUGAUUGUUUGGAUGGAACCGAUGAAGACAAUCACAUGAUUUUACAUUAUUUGCGACCUAUUUCUUCGUUUGUUUGUUCAGAGGAACCGGCGUUUUGGUGCGAAGAAACAGACUAUGCUAAACUCCCUCGUUUUUUUGUAUGUGGUGAUGGAGAACGUAGUGAUAAAGAAAUAUUUUAUAUUUCUACUCACAAUCUGUUGGCUAUACGGUCGUGUACUAAUUGGAGAGAUUUACGUAUUAAGGAAUCUCUAUUUGCAUAUGUUGAAGAUUCAGCAUUGUCAUAUGAAUGCUGGUUUUUUCUCCAAUGUUCUGCAGGUUACCAUGAUGAAUUAGAUUGUAGUAUAUUAUGUGAUUACAAUGACGAGCAUGCUUGUUAUAUUAAUAUUACAAACAUAUGUGGAACAAGUUUUGUUAUUUUCCCCCAACGACCUAUUCUUCAAGGACAUGUUUUAUUCGUCUAUUUAACAAACAAAACGAUCUAUUAUAUUGUAAACAGACCAUCAAUGUUUCCUGAUUAUGUUUGCUAUGAUAUAAGAAAAUGUCCUUUUCUUCCAUCUAUUUCAAUUUUAAAUAUAAAUGGUACAACUUGUCGAACAACAGAAGAACUAGAUCUUCAUCAAUUUAUUGAUAUUAUUAAUCUUUUUCAAGGUUGUUUGAUUGUCAUUGAAAACGAACUAAAAAUUAAUUAUUCACAAUCGUCAUCAUUGUUUCAAUGUCCAGGCACAACGAAAUACAUUUCGAAACAUCGAGUUCUCGAUGGUGUUCAUGAUUGUUAUAAAGGUGCUGACGAAAAACAUAUCGAUACAUGCCAAUGGAAACAUAAACAUCGUUUUAAAUGUUCGUCCGAAAAUAAAUGUAUAUCAGACGUUCAACUUCGAAAUUCUAUACAAGAUUGUCUUGGAGGUGAAGAUGAAAUUUCAAAUAUUUCUAAACAAAUAGUAUAUCAAAAAUUAUGUAACGGAUUCGUACAUAUGUCAUCUGUUCUUAUCGAUGGCAUGAAUGAAACAGAUGAAACACAUUGUGAUAAUUGGCCAUGUAAUAAUUUAUAUACUCGAUGUGAUGGAGCUUGGAAUUGUUUAAAUGGAGCUGAUGAAUUAAAUUGUGUAUUAACAAAUUGUCCUCGAGAUACUCAUGAAUGUAUCUCACCGAUAACAAAAAAAAUCAUUUGUCUACCUGUUCAUCAAGCUGGAAAUGGAAUUGUCGAUUGUCUCGGAUCUACAGAUGAAAGAACAUUUUGUCGAUUAACAUAUCCAAAGAAUUAUAAAUUGAGGUAUAAGUGUUGGAAUGAAACAAUAUGCAUUCCUAAUAACUACUUUUGCGGGAACGAUUUAUGUUUCUUCGAUGAAUUACAUAACUGUUCAAAAGAUAUUAGAGAUGUUAUCAAUCGUUUAUAUGAAGAUAAAAAACUUGAAAUUCCUGAUUAUGAACAUUUUAUGCUUGAACCUCCAAAGACGAUCGUGUCCUCAUUAAUCAUGGAGAGAAAUUUUCUCUUGAAUCCAACUCAUUCAAUAUUUGAUUUGGAAACAUCUUUUGAGCAAUCGAAUUCAUUAAUCAAGUUGACUACGAAUCAAGAAAAUGCGAUAUUAAACAAACAAUUUCGUAAUGUUCGAACUGAUACAUGUAAUCGUGGGAUUGGAAUUUAUGUUGGAAUUUCAACGACAAUAGAGUGUCUUUGUCCUCCAAGUUAUUAUGGAGAUCGAUGCCAAUUUCAAAGUCAACAUGUUAGUUUAAUACUUCAGUUUUCUUCGAUGUGUGAAACGAAUUGCCAAGGAGUAUUUGGUAUUGUGAUUACUCUGAUCGAUCAAGAUAAUAUUAUUCAUGAUUAUGAACAAAUAACAUAUACGACUAUAUAUAAAUGUGAAAAUAAAUAUUUUAAUUAUCUUCUAUAUAAAUCACGACCAAAAGAUAUGACAAAAACUUAUAAUAUAAGAAUCGAUGCUUACAACAAAAUAAAUAUGUCUUAUUAUGCUAGUUGGAUUUUGCCAGUCAAAUUUCUUUUUCUUCCUGUGAAUAGAAUAUCUGCUCAUCUAAUAAUUCCUGUUGAUGCAGUUUCUUCUGUCAAUAAUUGUUCAAUAUUUUGUGGUCAUGGCCAAUGUUUAACAUAUGUUAAUAAUCGAAAUCAAUAUUUUUGUUAUUGUGAUUCAGGUUGGUCUGGUAUUAAUUGUACAAUAUCACACAAAUGUGAUUGUUCAUUAGAUUCGAUAUGUCUUGGUCAUACGAAUAAUCAAUCCAUCUGUCUCUGUUCACUUAGAAAAUAUGGACGACGUUGUCGAUUUCCAUCUAUUUGUCAAGAGGAAAUUUGUAAAAAUAAUGGCCUAUGUAUUCCUGAUGAUCAACGUAUAUCACCAAAUACUUUUUUAUGUUUAUGUCCAUCUGAAUUUACAGGUACAACUUGUGAACUAUUCGAAUCAACAAUACAUAUAUCAUUUCAUCAUAUUGAAAUUCCUCGUUCUAUUCUUGUUCAUUUCAUUACAAUACAAAUUAAAGCUGAUCCAAUGCGUACAACAAUAUCUAGAAAAAUUCCGUAUGAUCAAAAUAUGGCAAUAGUUCACAUAUCGAUACCAUUUCAUAUAAUUAUUGUUCAAAUUUCUAAUGAAUAUUUUCUUGGAUAUGUUAAAGCAAAUUAUAAUUCUUCAUUAAUAACUAAAAUUCAAAUAAAUCCAGAACAACGAUGUCCACAUGUUCAAGAAUUAUUUCAUAAUGAUACAAUAUUAUCAUAUCCAUUAUUACGUCGUGUUAAAUAUUAUCAUCUACUUUGUAAAAAUCGACCUCAAUUAAAAUGGUUUCAUGAUAAUGAACAAUUUAUAUGUUUGUGCAAUGAAGAACAGUAUGCAAAUUGUUUUCCAUUUGACUUCAAACCAAUAUACACUUGUAAAGGAUUUGGAGAUUGUCAAAAUGAUGGUCAAUGUUUUGCAGAUCGUCCAAAUUGUCCACAUUCAAUAUUUUGUGUUUGUAAGGACUGUUUCUAUGGAAGUAAAUGUCAAUUUACUACAAAAGGUUUUGGACUUUCACUUGAUGCCAUUCUUGGUUAUCAAAUUCAACCAAAACUAUCAAUUAAUCGUCAACCAAUUAUUGUAAAAAUUAGUAUUGCUUUAACUACGAUCAUGUUAGUCAUUGGUCUUAUCAAUAGUUCUAUUUCAAUAAUGACUUUUCAAAGAAAACAAUUAAAUGAAUCAGGCUGUAGAUAUUAUCUUUUAACUGCAUCAAUUGUUUCAUUAUGCGUAUCAAUUUUAUUCUCAAUUAAAUUUUUGAUGUUAAUUCUUUCACAAAUCGAUUUUAUAAAAAACAAAACUGUUCUACAAAUAUCUUGUAUUUCAAUUGAUUUUUUUCUUCGAUUGUAUUCAAUAAUUGUCGAUUGGCUUAAUGCAAGUGUUGCCAUUGAUAGAGCAUUUACAGUAACAAUGAGCAUAAAAUUUAAUAAGACCAAAAGUAAACGAGUUGCUCGUUGGGUUAUUAUUGGUAUUUUUUUAGUUAAUAUCAUUAGUAUUCUACAUGAUCCAAUGAAUCGUAAACUUAUUUAUGAUCAAGCAGAACAAAGAAGAUGGUGUUUAGUUCAAUAUUCAUCUUCGUUUGAAAGAUAUAAUUCAGCAAUAAAUAUAAUUCAUUUUUCAAUUCCAUUUUUGAUAAAUAUUCUUACAUCGAUACUUAUUAUUGUUGUUGCUGCUCGAACAAGUUUUAAAGCUCGAAAACAAGAAACUUAUCGAGAUCAUCUAAAAAAACAACUUCGUUUACACAAACAUUUACUUAUCAGUUCAACCAUUUUAGUUUUACUUGCUACACCUCGUUUAAUAAUUUCAUUCACAUCUGGUUGUAUGAAAUCGGCUCGAAAUCCAUCAUUUUAUCUUGCUGGUUACUUUAUUUCAUUUAUUCCACCGUCUCUUACAUUCAUUGUAUUCGUUAUACCUUCAAGUGUGUACAAAAAAGAAUUUUAUAUGACAAUAAAAAUUAUUCGAAUUGAAAAUAAAUUAAAUUUUUUUGAUAUUAUAAUUUAA